AUGGAUGGGGGUGUGCAGGCACUAGGGAUGGAGUGUGACCAGUCACUAGGGAUGGGGGGGUGUGACCAGGCACUAGGGAUGGAGCACCUUCUGGUCACCUACUCCUACCAAUCAGUGAUCACCUUUGGCGGUUUCCGUGACGACCUGAUGGUGGUAGUGAGCCAGACCAAAGAACAAGGUGGAGGGAAGAAGAGUGUGGAAAAACUGGUCUUCGCAAUGCCCAAACCCAAGAUCUUGGAGUUGACUCUGUUGAUGGCCAGCUACAUUAACUACUGGACGCCCAGCCUCCCUGGCCCCCCUGUAGCCCAGCACCAGUCCCCAGGACCCGUCUCCCCUCUGGGGCCCUGCGGGGCCGGGACAGGGGCUGCAAAGAUGUGGAACUUGGACAGCAGACACUUCCCCUCCAUGACUUACACCACCAAGGGUCCCACUCUACUGUGAAUAUGUCAAACAACAACAGCAGCAACAAUCAACAGCCUUACUCCAGUUUAUUUUCGGGACAAGACGGUUGUGUCCAGUAGGCUCCUUAAAGAAGAAAACAGACUAAAACAUGGAGAAUCUAUACCUGGACCUGGUCAAAUAAUAAAUGUUUGUUUUCCAUUUCAAAACAUUUUUGUAAUGGUGUUCCCUACUGGACAUGACCCAGGACUGAGACACUACUACAGGUUGUUGUGGUAAAGAGGACAUUACUCCACAUAUGUUACUUCACUGAAAAUGGCUGUGGUUCUUCUAUGUUACCCUCAUCCUCUCUAGCCUGAAGUGGAUUCUGUUCCAUAUACACAGGACGUUUCAUUUCUGAAAGAAAAAAACAUUGAACCGUGAAGAAAUGGGAGAUGCAAGAUAUAAUCAUUUGUGGUUCACUUUAUAUGAAGAUGCCGCUCUUCAAAUGUUUGCGUUUUAGUCAGUGCUUAAUUUAGGAAAAAUAUGCUCAUGUUUGAGGACUAUUUGAAAAACAAUUGAGCCUUGAAAAAGGACCAAUACACACCCUACUUCUUGACCUUGGCUGUCUGGCCGUUAUACACACAGCCUCUACUCUUCCCUGCCACUCGUCUCUUCCAGAUACUCUGCAUCCCAAAUGGUUCCCUUUUCCCUAUAUAGUGCACUACUUUUGACUAGGGCCCAUGAGGAAUAGGGUGCCAUUUCACAUACCCUCUGUCUUUUUUAAAGGGAAAAAAGCUGUUAAACAAGGAAAGACUGAAUUUAUUCUGGCUCUUUGGUACCUAAUAUGGAGCUAUGAAGAUUUACGUAUUCCUUAAAUGAUGGAGGCUUAAAGUGGCGUUAACCGGUUUCUGAGGGAAUCUAUUCGACUACAGAGCACUAGUUGUUGCUCACUACCUUCUCCUGACUGGCUUCUGGAGACGCCGUCACGUUAGAAUGACGCUAUCUGACGGAAGACAAUGCAUUAAACUAGUACAAAAUACUUAUACUCUGACAUCAAAUUGUACUUGAUUUUUUCAUUAAGCAAUUGCACAAAAUGUCUGACUUAUAGAUCACAGCAGGCCAGGGCCUGAGGAGGAACAUCCCACUGGGUAAAAACUGGUUGAAUCAAUGUUUCCACUACAUUUGAACCCAAAAAAAUCUAUGUGAUGACAUUGAACUGCCAUGGAAAACGAAUUGGAUUUGGAGAAAGUCACCAACUUUUAAACUAAAUCGAAUGACAUGUUGAAUUUUUUUGUAGAUAUCACGUUGAAUUCACGUUAGUUGACAACUCAACCAAAUGUCAAUCAAAACUAGAUGUUGAACUGAUGUCUGUGCUCCGUGGGAGGCAAGGCGCUAUGACUUAUGGUACUUAUGGUACUGAUAAUGGUAACAUUCUGACCAAGCAAUGUUUUAUAACAAUUUUGACCACAUACUUUUAUUGUGAAGUACAGAGUUACAAUCUUUUUUAAGCUGAUAGAGAAGAAUAGAGAUGGAAUACAAUGUGUCUGUCCGCUGUAUGAGGCUUAGUCUGAGAUAUAUCAACUCAUUUGGUGCCAUGUUCCUACUCCUCCACUACCUGCCUUGACAACCAGGGUUGGGAUCAAUUCCAUUUCCAUUCAGUUACACUGAAAUUCCAAUGUAAAUUCCAAAUCCAGUUUUCCACAUUGCCUUUCAAUUAGAGAAUUUGAAAUGGGAAUUUCAGUUUACUUCUAGAAUUGACUGAAUUGAAAUGGAAUUGACCUCCAGCCUUUUUGACAACACAGUGGAAGGUACUGUUAAUUCAGCCAGGUAGGACUGAUUUAAAUGGAGAGGUCCAGCCACAUAAGAGUGGACUGGUAAGAUUAGAGCUAUUCAAAUGUUAUUAGUGACUUGAAUUGUUUUGGAUGAAACCACUGUCUUGGUCAUUUCCGUGUUAUUUAUUUAAUUUCCUGGUAUUUUGUGGCUUUUUUGUAUGCUGAAAAUUGUUUGUCAGAACUGUUAAAUGUUGAACUGAAACGUUCAAAAUGGCCUUGACUUUGUUUGUCUCAAGUAGCUGAAUAAUUGAACUUGACAGUUUUACGCUGUAUGAAUGCUGUAUGAAAGCUGUAUGAAUGCUGUAUGAAUGCUGUAUGAAAGCUGUAUGAAUGCUGUAUGAAAGCUGUAUGAAUGCUGUAUGAAAGCUGUAUGAAAGCUGUAUGAAUGCUGUAUGAAAGCU